AUGCCUUCACGAACCGCGGAGUCGAUGGGGUACCGACACUCGACCGAGCUUCCCGAGGACCUUUGGAUCGCGGCCAAUUGCCCAACGCAGUUCCGCCCACGGAUCAGCAAGCAUGCCUCCAUCGCAGACGACGCUUGCCGUGACAUCAGAGCCGACAUGGUGCGGGCUGGUGCGAGCCCGGCCGUCGUCCAGGGUCCCGGCUGCAUCAACCCAGUGGCGGGAAAUGCCAUGGCCCUCUGGUUCCCCGAAGCGCUCCCCGAGCGAUUGUACAUCGCUAGCUUCAUGAUCGAAUUCGCAUUCAUGCAUGACGAUCUCGCAGACAAUGCCAAGACGUCAGAAGAGUUCGAUGAGCGCAACCGAACUCUAAUCGGGUCAUUAGACGAUGCAGGGAGUGAUAAGAGGACCGGCCAGAGCCUGGCGUUGAAGUCCUUGCAAGCCCGCUUUGCGGUGCAAGCUCUGGAGAUGGACGCGCCAAUCGGAUCCUGGCUUCUGGAAGAAUGGAAGAGGCAGUUCGGGGUCAGCUCCGAGGAGAGGGAUGCUGCCAAGACCCUCGAUGAGUAUCUGAAGCUUCGUCUUGUCGACGCCGGCGCUGACAUUUUCCUCGUGAUGAUGCGCUUCGUGUCCGAUACGGAUAUGACCAGAGCAGAGAUCGAGAGUGUGAAGUACAUCUCGGACAUCAUCAUGUAUGGACACAUCCUCUGGCACGAUUGCGUUUCGUGGAAGAAAGAAUUCGAAGCCUUCGCCAGUGGCAAUGCGGGCUCUCUCGUCAAUGCCAUCUUCAUCGUCCAGAAUUCCGAAGACGUGGACGAACCAACCGCCCAGAAGAUCUUGUACGACAAGACCCUGGAGUACGAGCGUCGAUACUGCCAAGAGAGAGACCGGUUCAUGGAAACGUGUUCUCCGCGUAGCGAAUUUCACCGCUGGUUUGACUUGCUGGAGCUGUCAACGGGAGGAAACGCCCUCUGGGGUGCCACCUCACCACGAUACCAUAAAACAUCCCCGGGACCAGCCAAUGGACUUGGAAACGGCGGCGAGAUUGCUUCGGCUCAUGGCAAUGGCGAUGGCCACGCAAGGGCACAAGAAGCGGUUUCCCCAUAUUCGGUGAUCCACAGCUCUUCCCAGGCUGAAACCGGUGCAAAAAGCUCAAGCUCAUCGCCAGAAGGAAUUGAGCGAGCCGGAUCCGAAAAAGUGGACGAAUCAGUCUGUACACCCGUGUCGUUCAAGAGUGACAUGCACGGCCACGCGACGGCGAGAACAGGUAUGAGUCCCAGCCAGCUCGCUCUCGCACCCUACACGUACAUCUCCAGCCUGCCCUCCAAGGGGGCUCGAGACAAGCUGAUCGAUGCAUUGAACGUCUGGUACGGUGUUCCCGAGACCCGUCUCUCCAUCAUCCGGCACGUGGUCGGAGUGCUCCAUCACGUGUCCCUCAUGCUGGAUGAUAUUCAAGACAAUUCCCCCCUGCGACGCGGCUUUCCCUCCGCACAUGCCGUGUUUGGGGUCAGCCAGACCAUCAACGCCGCCACGUACAUCUACACGAAAGCCUUGCAGGAAUCGUUGAAACUCUCGCCCGUCUCAACCCGCUUGCUAUUCGACCAAGACGAGUUGGAAGAGCUCCACAUCGGCCAAGCCCUGGAACUGCACGAGACAUUCCACACGGAGCCUCCCUCGAUACCCCAAUACUUUGACCGCAUUGAGCAGAGUUUCGUGCCUUUCCGGAAGAAAACCCGCCAAGCGAACUAG